GGUGAUUGGCUACCAUCCCUCCCUCCUGCGCCAGAAACACGAACUACUAGUCAAUCGCAGCGGAGGAUAGCCGGGCUUGUGGGAAAACGGGUGUGAAAGAAAAAAGAACGCACCAGAGAAGUUGGUUUUAAGGAGCUUUAACGAGAGCAAAGCUGGUAGAUCCGAAAGGAGCCCUCAAACAAUACUUACACAAAGAUGCAAAAUGUGCUUUAUUUAAAGGAAUUCUGAAGAUGCCUCACAAGCCUUACAUCCAUUUAUUGUAUGGACACCCAUCUACCAAUCAGAAGACAGAAUGAGAAAAGACAGUGGUGCAAGAAGUUAACUGUAAAAAGUUUAAAUUCGUUUAGUCUUCGUCUCGUUAGUCCUGCACAUCGACGCAAUGUUGAUCAAAACGAUCUCGACCGCGUUUUUCAUGUUUGCUUUCGUUAAAAGCGUCAGUUCGAGUCCAACUGGAGUCCAGACAAGUGAUGCGGGCGAAAUGGAGAACGGGUCAGGGAUGCUGCAGAUAGAAAACAUCAACCUUCUGGAUCAGCUGUGGCAAGUGGCAAACAGCAGUAAUGCCUCUGUUACUCUGGAGGGUCAGAGAUGUCCGGUGCUGCAUGUAGGACAGUACUCCACUCUCGCUCUGCCUCUACGCCAGUUAUUUGGACACAGCUUUGGAGAUGAGUUCAGUUUGCUGAUGCAGCUGCGCAGUUCUCAGCGUGAUGACCGCAGCCUGCUGACCUUCCUCUGCCCUGACGGACACAUCCUUCUGCAGAUCCGCAUCAGUGCCUACGCCUUCACCUUUAUCAGCACACAGCAGCGCCACUACGAGUUUCCUGUGACUGUGUUGUCUGAUGGUAAUUGGCAUCGAGUAGCAGUGAGUGUGUCUACAGGGCGGUUAGCGCUGUAUGUGGACUGUGCUAUGGUGGAAAGUGUAGACUGGGCCUACCAGGAUGGCCUGGGCAUCACCACCGAGGGACUGGUCAUGGUGGGAGGAAUCAUCGAGGGAUUUGAAACACCGUUUGAGGGUGAUCUGAAGCAGGUGACAUUCCUGAUGGGGGAACCAGACGCAGCCAGAGAUCAGUGUGGUGUGUUUGUACCACAAUGUGAUGGGGCUGCUCACAAACCCCCCCGAUCCCCUCGGACACAUGAACUAGAGGAGCUCCUGCUGUCCUCAAAUGACCUGGAGGACUUACUGGAGAAUUCAGACCCAGCGGACAGGGACUCCAUGCGCACUGCGCUGACCGGUCUGAGGAGACGUGGGCUAGUUCGUGGAGACGGUACGCUCCCUACAGGCUCCGAGAGGCCCAGAUCUGUGGGCCGCGGAGACGUCUUUGAGGUGGAUGAGGACACUGAUCUGGCUGACCCCAACACACUGUCCAAAAAUGGUGGCUUACCUCACAAGACCCACAUAGCCCCUGCUAAAGGCAGCAAUGGAGGCAAACCAGACUCUGCAUCUAAGCAUCUGGAUGAGAACAUCACCACUGAAAAGAGCAAAGAUGACAAAACUUUCCCUAAGAAGCCAGUGGAUAACACUGUUAUCGAUCUGGAUGUUAGGAUUCCCUCUGUCUCAAAGAAACCCUCUGGAGAAAGCCCACUGGAGCCCCCCUCAGGACCUGAUGACUCUGAGUCCAACCUGGUAAAGGAAGUGGAGGAAAAGCGAGCAACAACCAAGGCUCCAUUUAUCACAUCCACCAAGGAGAGCAUUAGUCAGGACCGAAGAACUACAACUGCCAGCGUUCAUGACUCUUUAGGCACUGUGGUUCUCACAGGUAAAGAAGGGGGCCUGGUGAGAGGCUCAGAUGGGAGAAUCUAUCAGGUCCGCAGAGGGCCUCCAGGGCCAGUGGGUCCCCGUGGGCUAACAGGGUGUCCUGGCAGUGAGGGCUAUCCAGGGUUCAAAGGUGACAAGGGCAGUGUGGGUCCAGAGGGACAUCCUGGUCGCCAUGGAAACCCAGGCCCACCAGGUCCACCUGGACUACCAACUCUUUAUUUGUGGAGGAACACCGCUGAAGAGUGGGCUGCCUUUCAGCAAACCUCAUUCUUCCAGCUGCUGUACGCAGGUUGGCCUAGACAGCAGGGUCCACUUGGGCCAGACGGAGAGAUGGGAAAAUCAGGCCCACAGGGACCACCAGGCGAUCCUGGAGAAAGAGGACAACCAGGGCGCAUAGGAGAUAUGGGUGAUCCUGGCCCACCCGGAGUCCCUGGAAAAGCAGGCAUUCCUGGGAAAGAUGGAGAAAAUGGUCUGAAUGGACAACAGGGGCCUUCUGGGAUACCUGGACCACAGGGGCCUCUUGGCUAUAAAGGAGACUCUGGCUCACCUGGAGAAAAAGGAGAUGAGGGACUUAUUGGAGCAGAGGGUCCCUGUGGACAUAUGGGGGAACCUGGAGAGAAAGUAAGGGCUCCAAAGGACUCCCCUGGUCAGCCUGGUCCUCUUGGUCCUCAAGGGCCACAAGGGCUCAGAGGGAUUGAGGGCCUCGAGGGGCCUCCAGGGCCAGAUGGGGAUGAUGGGUUAGAAGGCCCAGCAGGUCCACCAGGGGCUCCAGGCCCUCCUGGGGUCACUGGCUUGGUCGGCGCUCAGGGGGUGAAUGGUUCGAGGGGAGAGGCCGGACCUGCAGGAAACUCCGGCCCCCGAGGGCCUCAGGGUCCUCAGGGAUUGGAUGGGCAGAUUGGGUCUCCAGGGCCUCCGGGCCCACAGGGCCGGCCAGGCAGAGAAGGCAUAAUUGGCCCAAAAGGAGAUCCUGGACCUAUUGGGCCCACAGGCCUUCGGGGCGAGCCUGGGUUCGAGGGCCCCAUGGGUGCUGCAGGACCACAGGGCUCACAUGGUUUUAUGGGUGACAGAGGUAAACGAGGACCUGAUGGAGACAAGGGGGAUAUGGGACCAAAAGGUGACAAAGGUAUUAAAGGGGCCCCAGGGAUACAGGGUUCUCAGGGUGAACAGGGAUCUUCAGGUUUUCCUGGUUUUCCAGGAAUGAAAGGUCAGCCUGGACCAAGAGGGAUCCAGGGAGAAGAUGGAGAGGCUGGUCCACGGGGCAAAACAGGAAAGGAGGGUCCAAAGGGGCAGAGGGGCCCAGAUGGCCGUCAGGGAAAACCAGGACCCAGGGGGCCAAAGGGCCGUACCGGACAAAGAGGUCACACUGGUAUGCCCGGACCACCGGGGUUGCCAGGUUCUCCAGGAGCAGUGGGAGCUGAAGGAAAGCCUGGUACACAGGGACCUCAAGGUGCUAUGGGUAACCCAGGGGAAAAAGGACUAAUGGGCUUUCAGGGCAUUGCAGGAGAGCACGGUCUGGAUGGACCACCAGGACCUCCUGGUCCACCGGGUCGAGAAGGGCCGAUGGGCAGUCCGGGGCCGCCAGGAGAGAGGGGUUUCUCUGGGAAGUCUGGAGCAGAGGGUCCUCAGGGCCCUGUUGGCAUGUAUGGCUUCCCAGGACCUAUGGGCAUGCGAGGAAGACCAGGACACAUGGGAGAACGGGGACAGCCUGGUGUGAAAGGACCUCCAGGACCCCUUGGGAAGCCUGGACCCCCAGGUCCCCCAGGGCCAGUUGGAGAAAGAGGCCCUCCGGGAGCCCAGGGCAGACAAGGAGAUCCUGGGCCACAAGGAAUAGAUGGAAUGUCUGGUCCUCCAGGGCUGCAGGGAGUGGAUGGAACCAUGGGAAGGCCAGGACCUCCUGGCAGUAAAGGUGCUCCAGGAGAUCCAGGCCCAAAUGGGCCUCCAGGUAUCCCAGGCCCUCAGGGUGCUGAUGGCUUGCCAGGACCACCUGGGGAGAGAGGAGACAAGGGAACACUGGGUCCUCCUGGUGAUUUUGGGCCAGCUGGACUCGAAGGACAACAGGGUCCACCAGGUCUAGCAGGACCAGAAGGACCACCAGGGAGAAAAGGGGAUCAGGGAGAAAGGGGUCCCUGUGGCAAUAUUGGUCCUCAGGGAAAGAAAGGAGACCGUGGUCCACAGGGUGCGAAAGGUCUACAGGGUCCACCUGGGCAAGUGGGCAAAGAGGGAAGUGUUGGUCAGACUGGAGACGCUGGUGACCCGGGACCUAAAGGAGAAAAAGGUGAUGCAGGCCCUUGGGGGUUCACUGGUUUGGAGGGUCCAUGGGGAGCCCUGGGGGAGAAAGGAGAACGAGGUCCCAAAGGGGACAAGGGCAACAUCGGCCUUCUGGGUGAGCCAGGUCUCAUGGGUGGACUUGGACCUGCUGGGUUAAAAGGACUGCAGGGUGAGACAGGGCCACCAGGACCGGUAGGAGCCAAUGGACCCCCAGGGAAUAAGGGUGAGCUGGGGCCUAGUGGUGUAUGUGGCGUUCCUGGAAACGCUGGGCCUGAGGGAGCAGCAGGAGCAGCAGGAGUGAGAGGAGACACAGGAAAGCCGGGACCACAGGGUAGUGAAGGUCCUGUAGGCCCUAAAGGAGAUUUUGGGCCUAAAGGAUUCACAGGGCCAGAUGGAGAGAAAGGAGAUUCAGGGAAUCAAGGAGAACCAGGUGAAGAGGGGCUAGAGGGCCUACCAGGUAUUCAAGGACCUCCUGGACUGCCUGGUUUAGAGGGAUCCCCUGGGGAGUCAGGUGCUCAGGGGCCACCAGGCCCACCAGGAGCCCAGGGAAGCAUGGGUAGGCCAGGGCUGGAGGGAACACAGGGCAUGAAAGGAGAGAAGGGAGAUGAUGGCAUUACUGGACCUCCAGGAAACAUGGGUCUCACUGGAAGGAGGGGAAAAAGAGGCAAAGCUGGUUCACGGGGCCUAAGAGGACCAAGAGGAGAAAAGGGAGAGACAGGGGAGAUGGGAGAGAAAGGAGUGCCUGGAUGGGCGGGGCCUAUGGGUAUCAUAGGACCACGAGGAGAGACGGGAGAUCAGGGUGUAAAAGGCGAAGAGGGGGAGAAAGGUGACCAAGGACCAGAUGGUCCACCAGGAAAAGAUGGUCUAAAGGGUAGCCAGGGUUCUCUGGGGCCACCUGGACCACCAGGACCAAAGGGGGAUCAGGGCAAUAUUGGUCCUGCUGGACGAAGAGGGACACCUGGAAUACCUGGACUACAUGGUUUGUUUGGAGAAAAGGGUCUGAAGGGGUUUCAGGGAGCUCCUGGGCCAGCUGGAAAGAGAGGCCUUCCAGGACCAUCUGGACCUCCAGGACCUCCAGGCCUCUCUGUGAAUCUUACUAUGAAUCAAAUUAAAGAUCUGAUGUAUGUUUCAGACAAGCCCAACUACUCACUGAUUCAGGUUCUCCUGGACUCUCUGUUCCAUGACCUGAGGCUGCUGCAGGAUCCACCUGAUGGCAGCAAGGAGCACCCAGCCACUACUUGCCUGGAGCUAUUGCUGGGCCAGCCCAACUACACCAGUGGGUUCUAUUAUAUUGACCCAAAUCAAGGCAGUCCUGCAGAUGCUCUUUUGGCUUACUGCAACUUCUCUGAGUCAAAGGCAGAAACGUGUCUCCACCCUAGAACUGCACAGCUCCCUAUGAAAGCAUGGCUGAAUGAUUCUGUGACAAAUAGUUCUUUCUACUGGCUCAGUUCCCUUCAGAGUGGUUUUCAGUUUGAAUAUCCAGGGCUCACUGUGGUCCAGGUUCGCUUCCUGAGACUUCAGAGCAACCUGGCCGAGCAGAGAGUGACCUACUCCUGCUACCCCGGACACAGACUGGGUCAGGCACAACGACAGGUCAAGUUUCUCACUGACUCUUUGAGGCAAAGCUACUUGGGGGCCGUGCAGGACUGUGUGCCUGCCAAGGAGGUAGAUCCUGGACCUCGGGAGUCUGUGCUUCAGUUUGAAGACAAAGACCUGCUCCCUCUCCGAGACGUUGCAGUGUUUGCCAACAGCAGCCUUUCAGAAGAGUUUGGAUUCACAGUGGGACCCGUGUGCUUCAGCUAGAGUCUGACUGUCAGAGAAUGCUUUGAGGCGUAUAACUUCACACGCAGAAGCCAGGCAACAACAGAAGCCGGAAGAGAACUGGAUAGCAUGAGGAUGGAAGGACCUGCGGCUGUACCUCAGGACGGGCUCUUUAUAAUCCUCAUCACGUGUUAAUGACUCCUUAAAAAAAGGCACUUUUUUACUGGUGCUCCUUACCAAAUGAAUCGUGGUGUAUGUUUACAAAGACAUUUGGUUUUGUAAUUUAUAUACUGUGUUAUUAUUAUAGGAGUUGGCUUUUUUGUUGUGUCAUUUAGUUUAUUUCUGGUUUAUUCCCUCAGCUGGACUUGUAAUGAGAGGAGGAUCUAUCUGUGGGAAACAGCCUCCGUAGCCAAUUGCAAAGACAGGGUCUUAAUGUAGCCACUAUGUGGUUGCAAAGUCCAACUGUACUCAACCUGAAAGUAUAAUCCACAUCUUUUAAUAGACAGUCUUAGAAUCACAAAAAUAAUAAGAAUAGAAAAUGUGUGGAACGAUUAUUUGUUUUUUCUUUUCUGAAAAAGUGUUAACAAUGUGUUCUCAUGGGAACACGGCUUCAGCCUCACCUUCAAAUGAGGUUACAGGAAGAUUUUUGCAGAGAAAAUAACCCAAUUUAGUCUUUUUUCCCUUCAGAGUGCUCAGCAUUCUGUAUGUCUUACAGUGUAUAUUAGAGUCCAUUUCCAGAUGUGAGUUACAGCUUUAACAUUUGAGUGUGAAGGUGGGCUGCACAUGUUUAUGAACAUACAAGCACCAGUAUUGGGGGGUAGUUACUCAAAAAAAAGUAAUCAAUUACAAAUGACUCUCAAACUGUGAUUAUUACUUUCUGGAAAAAGUAAUCUCACCACUUAUUACGUUACAUCUGUGGUACUCUCUAAAGCCCACACAUCUGUAC